AUGCCAGCGCACCUCGAAACCCGGCCCCUGGGCAAAGACGGCCCCUCCGUGCCCCGCCUGGGUCUCGGCACGAUGGGCCUGAGUGCCUUCUACGGGCCCCCCAAGCCGGACGCCGAGCGCCUCGCCCUCCUCGACAAAGCGUACGAACUAGGCGAGACCUUCUGGGACUCCGCGGCCCUCUACGGCGACAGCGAAACCCUGCUGGGCACCUGGCUGCGCGCCAACCCGAGCAAACGCGCGCACGUCUUCCUGGCCACGAAAUUCGGGGCCGAGUUCGUGGACGGCGCGAUGAUCAUCGACAGCUCGCGCGGCCGGUGCCUCUCCUCGUGCGAGCGCAGCCUGCACCGCCUGGGCGUCGCGACCAUCGACCUGCUGUACGCGCACCGGCUCGACCCCGCCGUGCCCGUCGAGGAGACCGUCCGCGCUAUGGCCGAGCUGCGAUCCGCCGGCAAAAUCAAAUACCUCGGGCUGAGCGAGGUCAGCGCCGCGACGCUGCGGCGCGCCCACCGCGUGCACCCCAUCGCCGCCGUCCAGGUCGAGUACUCGCCCUUCGCGCUGGAGAUCGAGUCCCCGCAGACCGAUCUCCUCCGCACGGCGCGCGAGCUGGGCGUCGCCGUCGUGGCGUACUCGCCGCUCUCGCGCGGGAUCCUGACGGGCCGGGUGCGGUCGCGGGCGGAUCUCCCCGCCGGGGAUAUCCGGUUGUUCAUGCCGCGGUAUAGUGAGGAGAACUUUGGGCGGAAUCUCGCGUUGGUGGAGCGCUUGAGGGGCUUUGCGGACGAAAAGGGGUGUACGGUGGGGCAGCUGGUGUUGGCGUGGUUGUUGGCGCAGGGGGAGGAUAUCUUCCCGAUACCGGGGACCACGCGCCCCGAGGCUUUGGUGGAGAAUGUGGGCGCGUUGGGGGUGCGGUUGGAGGUGGAGGAGGUCGCCAGGAUUAGGGCGGUGGUGGAUGAGGUUGAGGUGCUCGGGGGCAGGUAUGGGGUGGAGGCGUUGAGGUCGUGUUUUGUCGAUACGGUGCCGUUGGCGUAA